AUCAAUCAAAUAUGGAAUCACACAAGUAUAAUGAUACGAGUCAUAAACAAUCUUCAUCUAUUCAAAUCGAUCAAUCUGUAAUUAAUUCGGAACGAUUCAACAAUGAACAAAUUGUUAAAAUAAAUGAACAAACAUUUGAUUUAAGUGAUAAACGUUUUGGUGUUUUGAAUUCAAAACAAUCGCAUGUAUUGAACGAAAUUCUCAAAAAAGAAAUUUCUAUUAUUGUCGAUACCGAUCCAAAAUCUUCGCCAUAUGAUAAAUCAUCAACAAAUUAUAUAAAUUUUCCAUUGAUGAUUUUUUUACAAAUUAUUCAGCGACAACUGAAUAACAAUCAUAUUAUUAUUCGUGAUAUACGUCUUAAUGGUGGUGCUGCCUCAUAUGUAUUACAUAAUCGCAAUGAACUCAAAUAUAAUGAUAUUGAUAUUAUUUUCAACGUAAACCUUCAAAAUGAAUCAUAUUUCGAAUCAAUACGAGAAUGUAUCUACCAAAUUCUUUUGGAUUUAUGCGUUCCCAACAUUAUCGAACCGGAUCAUCAUCUAAUCUUAGAACAAAUAUUGACAAAAAUGGUUAAAAUUACCGAUAAUGAAGCACGUUGGUCUUUAUUCAGUAUCAAAAAUUUCAAUGGCUGUACGAUUGAAAUGAAAUUCGUCGAUAAAAUUUGUCGUCAAUAUGAAUUUAGUGUUGAUUCUUUUCAAAUUUUAUUGGACAAUGUUUUAGAUGAUGCAUCUACAACAAAGCAAAUAAUUUGUGAAAGCGUUUAUGGUGACUAUCAAGAAGCUCUUUUCCAUCUUGACAAUAAAUUUAUUGUUACAAAUUAUCCAGAAAAAAUACGCGGUGGUGGUCUAUUCAAGUAUUGCUUUCUUUUGGUUCGUGGUUUUAAACCAUUGUGCCAUAAAACAAUGAUGACGUUAGAGCCAUAUAUGGUGUCUCGGUUUUUUAUCGAUUUCAACAAAUUUGAAUGUCAUCGCGAUCGAUUAUGUAAUUACAUGUUGGCCCAUUUUGGCGACGAAACAAUGUUGAAAUAUCAGUUUUUGAUAAUUUUUUGUUCGGUUUUGAAACGAUCGUUAAACAAAAGUUUUAACAGAGAUAUAUUAAUCAAGAAAUAUACGGAAAUUACCGCCGUUUGUUUUUGUACUAUGUUACGAGAAUUUAUUGAUAAAUAUCCAUCACGUUCAUCAAUGAGUUCAAAACGAUUUUAUCGUUGUGCUUGUUUGAAAACAAAUAAUAUCUGCCUACAUCAAACAUUAUUUUCUUCAAACAAAUCAGUUAAACCGACAUUGGUAACUUUUGUAUAUGAUAAUGCACAAAAACAUGUUUCAAAAGCUAAAAGGCAUCAUAAUCUUUUGAGAUUUAUUGAAUGUUAUGAAAAGAUUCAUCAUUCAUUUGAAGAAUAUUCAUUUUGUUUAUUACCGAAAAGAUUAUUUCAGCAAAUUAAUUUAAAUAAUCAUCAUUCAAAACGAUUGAAUCAUUAUAUCAUAUCUCAUAGCUCAUUGCACAAAAUCGAUCCGAUAUCGUAUAAAUUGAUUGAAGAUUUUUGUCCAAAUAAUACAAAAUGUGAUUUUAAUUCCUUCAACGAUCGUCUUUCAUUUAAUAUUAAACAAGUAUCUAACGUUUAUCAAUCUAGUGAGUUUCCGUUUAAACAUCUACCUGAUUCGUUGUUUCCAUUAGACUUUCCAAAUCUCAAAAUGUCCAUUAAUGAUGUUGUUUCAACAUUACAAAUCCCAUUUUCACCACCGGAAAACUUUACUUUUUGUGUUGUUAAUCGUAUUCCAGUAAUUUUUAAUGAUCCAAUGGAUUCUGGAAUAUUUCGCAACUCUAUUAUUAUAAACAACAUUAUCAAUUCAUCAUCAUUAUCAUCACAACAAUCCUAUGGUUCAAAUGUAAUUCCACAGCAUAAUCAUUAUUUGAUGGAAUCGAUUAACCCAUUUAACAAUUCACAAUUGCUUUCAUUAAAUCCAUGGCAACAUACUACUACUACUACAAUUCCAUGUGAUUCAUGGAAUUUGCCCUAUUCAUAUCAAAAGGUUUUGGAAAAUGGCUGGAUUGAAUUCAUUACAUAUUCUCCACCAUUAUUAGAUCAACCUAAUGUCGCAGAAAAAAUAAAGGAAACAUCAUCAAACAUCAAAUUAUUAUGAAAAAAUAAUGAAAAAAAAUCAUCAUUUUAUCAUUUUCAUCAAUAUUUAUUAAUUGUGAUUAAA